CACAAUGUGUUGACAUUAAAAAGAAAGUAAAAUAUAGGUCAGAGAGAAAAAAGAAAACAGAUGAUUAAGUACCUGUUGGUGGCAAACACAGGGGCAGCGGUGCUGAUCGCGAGAUUCUACGAGCACGUGCCACGAGCCUCACAACAGGAACUUCAGGAAGCAGUGGUCCGUCUUUGUCUCGCCCGUUCGGACAAACAGAGUACCAUAGUGGAUUAUGAAGACUAUACUGUAGUAUACAAGAAGUUCAGUAGCGUUGUCUUUAUCGCUGGAAUCACCAAGGAUGAGAAUGAACUAGCCAUUAUAGAAUUAUUUCGGCACAUAGGAGAAACGCUGAUAAAGUAUUUCGGAAAUCUCACUGAGCUUCAUUUCGUGUACAACUACGAAAAGGUGUACAUGAUUUUGGAUGAGGUCAUUUCCGGCGGAUACAUUGCUGAGACCUGCACGCCUCGCGUCCUGGCACCCCUCCAGCUUACUGCUGCCGCUUCUCACCGGAAAUGAUCAACGAUGUUCAUGGAUACACAGAGAAAUCUAACAACAGAGAGGCGCAAUCUCAUUUACUGUAUCCGCGUAAUUGGACGCGGACGUUAGAACACCGAGGAAUUUGUUCCAACAGAAAAAAGAAACGUUUUAGCUGAGUAAAAAACAAUAUAUGCAGAAACAAGAAGUGGUUUAUUGGUUUAGCAUACAGAAUAGAUUAUAAUGAACUGGUCCGAUGUUGCCACACUUACCAGUAACGGGAGUUUCCAAUGUUUCAACCUAUGACCGCUGAAACAAGAUGGUUCAUUAUAGAGACUUUUUAAAGCUGCAAUAUUAUUAAAGGCAACGAUACCAGCAUUCUUAAAUACUGUAAAGAAUAGCACUUAUACUGGGUUAGGAGAUUGAAGUAAAAUAAUACAAUUGUGAAUUAAUUUCAAAUAAUUAUUUAUAAAUAAAAUCUAACAAUAAAUAUAAACAUACUUUC